AUGUCCAAGCCCCUGGUGCAGACGAUGAAUGUCGACAAGAACAAGAACGUCCCCAGCCGUCGUUGUAAUGGCCAGCCUCAGCCUCGGGCAUCACACCCGGCUUGCUGGCGAUUUUGUCCAGGCACUCAGGAUGCCAGCCAGUGCCCUCUGUCUCUCUGUCCCUCUGAUGUGCGCGUUACGACGGACCAUGACCACGGGUGCUUCCAGCCUUGGGCUGAUCCGAUCGUUGGGGGCCGCGGCGGCAGCAGCAGCACCAGCAGCAGCAGCACCAGCGCCAAGGACGGCAAGCCCAUGUAUCGCGAGUGA